AUGAAUUAAUAGUUAGGAUCUUAUGUUAAAUUCUUUCAUAUCAUAAGAGAAUUAGGAGAUAGUUUCUAAAUUGAUAGCAAAUAGAAAUAAAUACUCAAAGUUAACUUUACUAUAAAGGAUAAAAAAUUGAUGACUAUUUUAAAUGAUCUAAGUACAAAAUUAAUAUAAAUAAGAUGAUGAAGACUAAGAAGAAAUUAAAUUUAGUCUUUUAAAUUAUCUAAAUGAAUUACCUAAAGAAAAAUAAGGAGUUUCAAGAUAAAUGAAGAGAACUAGAUCAAGCAUUACAGAUGUUGAUUUAAUCAAAGGUAUCUAAUUUGAUGAAACUAAAUCACAUGAUUCUGUUAAUGAUAUGGAAAAAGCAUUUAAAUUGAUUAAUGAUUUCUAUAAUAAAAAAAAAGAAGGACAAACCAUUAAUCCUAAAAUCAAUUAAAUAUUUGAAAAUAUUCGUAAUCUAUUUAUUUAGAAUGAAUCUUAAUAAAAUUAAUCACCAAUUUUAUUAACUAAAGGUUCUUCAUCUCCAACUAUGGAUAUGAAUUAAUUGAUUGAAUCAGAUUUGUUAGAUUCAUAUAAAAAUAUAAAGUUUCAAUUUGCUAAUUAUAUGAAAAGUCAUUUGUUAUUAAUGGAUGAAAAUGUUUCAUACACUACUAUAUUUAAUUUAUUAAGAGAAUUAACAAAAAAUCUAUUAAAUUGUGAUCAUUUUAGUUUUUUCAAUUUAAAUUCAAAUUCUGAACUUGAAUUAUAUUAAACUAAGACUGAUAUUUUUGAUUAAAUUCCAUUAGAUCAAUCAAUUACUAAUGAAAUAGCCUCAUUUCCAUAAAAUAAGAUAUUUAGAUUUCCACUAAAUUCUCAAUUAUGCUCUAAAUUAGAUUAAAUGAAUUAUUUAUCCUCUUAUGGAUUAUAUUCAAAUAAUAUCAUCUUUAUUUAUCAUUCCAAAUAAAAUAAAUAAUUAGAUUCAGGAUCUAUAUUAAAGUAAAAUUGAUUCUGUAUCCUUUAUGUAGAAUAGCAAAUGAUUAUUAAUUGAUAGAUGAAUUGAAAAAUAUGUCUAUGUUUUUAAUUCAUACAAUAUAGAAUGCCAAAGUCUAGUUCUUUAGUCCAUUAUCAAUUGCAGAUAUGAUCUUAGAUUUAGGAAUCUCAUUUGUUAGAGCAUCCAAAUUUAUAUUAAUUGAAUAAAUGUACAAUAUACUAUCUUAAAUGUUUAAAAUAGAUAAGUAAUCUUAAUUUAAUGAUAGAUUAUAAACAGAUUAAUAAGAAAUUUCAGUUUGGGAUUCAGAAAGUGUAUAUAUAGUAUUUAAAGACUAUUAAGUUACAGUGUGUUUUAGAAUUUAUUAGAUGAAUUUAUAGAAAUAAAGUGAUUAAAGAAUAUAUUCAGAAGUAAAACAUUAUUAUGAAAAAUAUCUCAGAUUUAUUAGAGAAUGUUUUGAUAAAAGUGCAUUUUAUAAAUUCUUUUUAAGAUCUAAUGAUUCAUUAGUCUUUGAAUUUGAUAAAAGUGGACAUCUAUUAUUUUUAUCAAGACCAAUACCUAAAUAAAUUAAAUCAAAUUUUAAUAUCUAAUUUAAUUCACAUAUGAUACAUAAUAAUCAAUUAUCAUAUAAUAAAAUAUUUGAUUAAAAUGUAGUUUCAAAUAUUGAAAAUUAUUUAUAAGAUCAUAAUUGGAAAACUAUGAAAGAUAAUGAAAAAUAAUAUGAAAUAUUCUUGAAAAUAGAAGAAAAAACAUAUAAAGGAUUUGCUUUGAUUUUUACAGAAAAUACUAAAGGAUGGGUUAAAAAGUAAUUUAAAUAAUUAGAAUCUGGUAAUUAAUUAGAUUCUAAAAUUAAAGCUAAAAUUAGAAAAUAAUUAAUUUAACAUGAAACUAUCAAUUUUGUUAAUAAACUAGAAGAAAAUAAUCCAGAAGUUAAAAAUUCAGUUGCUUCAUUAUAUAUGCCUUUACAAUAAUUGAUAUUAAAACGAACUAAAUCAAAUUAAACUAAUUAGCAAGAUUAACAUAAAAUACAAACAUCUGAAAUAGAAUUCAAAAAAUCUAAAUUUGCAAAUAUUGAAGAAUUAGAUUUAAAUGAAUUCUAAUUAGAAAAUCAAGAUGAUUUAAUAGAUACAUUUGAUUUUAAUAUUAUGGAUUUAACAAAUUAAAAAGAAAAACAUAGAGUUGUAUGGGUUAUUCUAAAAAAGAAUGCAAUUUUUGAUGAUUUUCAUUUACCUUAUGAAAAUUUAUAAAAUUUCAUUAAAGAGAUUGAAUAUCAUUAUAAUAUUAAUAAUAAUCCAUAUCAUAAUUAUGAUCAUGGUAUUACAGUUAUGCAAACAGCUCAUUAUUUUUGUAAAGAAUUAGAAUAAACAUCAAAAAAUACAAUUAUAGAUAAUUUUAAUAAAUUUAUUUUAAUGAUAAGUAGUUUUGGACAUGAUGUAGGACAUACUGGUAGAACUAAUGUAUUUGAAAUAAAUAGUUUAAGUGAUUUAGCAAUUAGAUAUCAUGAUAAAAGUGUAUUAGAAUAACAUCAUGCUGCAUUAACAAUAUAAAUUUUAAAAUACCCUUAAUGCAAUAUUCUAAUCAAUUUAAAUUAAAUUUAAUUUAGAAAUUUUAGAAAAGGAUUAAUAUCAAAUAUAUUAAGUACAGAUAUGACUGAACAUUUCACACUAUUAAAAGAUUUUGAAAAUAGACCUAAAAAUUUUAAUGAUUCUAAAAUUUUAAGUGGUUAUAUAAUGCAUGCUAGUGAUUUUGGUGGUGCUGGAAAAAGAAGUAAUAUUUCAGUAAAGUGGUCAUAGAGAGUAAAUUAAGAAUUUAGUAUUUAAUAUAAGUUGGAAGGAGAACUUGGAUAUCCAUAAUAACCAUAUAUGAAAGAUUUACAUAUUGUAAUAUUCUAAAUUUUAUUAAUUAUAGCCUUAAGUAAUGGCAAAAUCUGAAGUUGGUUUUUUGAAAGUGAUUGUUAGACCUUGUUAUGUAUUGUUAAGUGAAUUUUUGGAAGGUAGAUUAAAACAUUGUAUUGGAUAUAUUGAUGAUACUAUUCAACAUUGGGAAAAGAUAGGAAAAAAAAAUGAAGAACAAUAAUAAUAAUGA